AUGGCUUCUACAGAGCCUGCACAGCUGCCUCCGGCAGCCGAGCGUCAAUCCGAAUUUGAGCAAGCUGUCGCAUACGCCCUACACCUCUGGCCUGCCCUUACACUGUCCGUUCAGAACAACUGGGGUGGCCCCGACUCUGCCGACAAGCGCGAUUGGUUUGCUGGCGCCGUUGUUGAACUUUUCCCUGAAUACACCGACACACCUCCCAAGAAUGGCAGUGGUCCCGAAGAUCCUGAUCUUGAGGAGGUAGAGACUGUCCUACUACAGGUCAUGGUUGACGAGUUCGAGGUCAAUGUUGACGACGAUUCCGGCACAGAGGUGGCCUCCAAUAUUCUCCGUGCUCGCGCAAGCUGUACCCUCGGAACCUAUGACGAGGUCAAGACUCUGCGCGCCCGCUGGUUGAACCGCAAGGGUACAAAGGUGGAGGGCGUCUUCAAGAGGGUUGAGGACGAUGACCAGGACACAGACUGGAGCGACGAAGAUGAUGAGGACGACGAUGGUGGUGCUGAUGUUGAGAUGGAUGAGGCUCCUGCUUUGGUUGCGGCACCUAAGGAGAAGCCCCAACCCCAGGUCGACGAGGACGGCUUCACCAUGGUCACCAAGAAGAAGAAAUAA